AUUUAGAUGUCCGAUCAGAAUCAAAGUACGAGCUCGGUUCUGUGGUCCAUCACUAGUGGGCUCGUGAGAGAUGGCCAAUACGACGUGGAAAUGCCUCAAAUAUGGCUGUUUCAAGCAAACUACACGAGCACAUACCAUUGAGAAAGCCCAUCUCUGCGUGUGGGAUACUGAUGGUCCUUGCUGAUGCACCAAGCGUUACAAGCUGGAUCGAAGAUAGCACGAGCUUGGGAUAUUGGACUCAAUAUUGUUGCCUGUGUGAUGAUAAUCGUAGUUCUGCUAUGCCAUUUGUGAUGCGCUACUUUUGGCAGGGGUUACCCAUGGUGACCAGGCCAACUGAGACCUGUAGGUCUUAAAGAAGCACAAUACGUGUGGUUGGGGAGUGCUUAUUCCCUCCAGAUGAUACACAGUGCAUGCGUGUGAAUCUCUGGCG